AUGGGGGACAAGGAUACCAGAGCAGCAGCUGUGGAUGAAAAUGGGGACCUGGAACCCAGCCAAGACUCAUCCCUCCAAUGUUCAAGCUCUAUGUUAACAGAUAAUGCAGAGCCCUGGGUUCACCCUUUCACUCCGUUGAGACCUCCCUUCAACAUGCUGGCAGAUAUGGUAAGAGAACAACUGGAGCAUCCCUUUGAGAGAACAGAAUCUUGCAUUCCUGCUGACAGUUCAAGAGCUCUCACAUAACCCUGUGGGCAACCACCUGCUAUUGUGGAAGAGGCCCUAGCAAAAGUAGAAGUAAAUACUUCUCAAAGGCUGGAAGGCUGGAGGCAGAGGGGGCAGGAUUCCAUCAAUGUGCCCCAGGAAGUCUCUGGAGGACCCUAUGCACUGAUGGUGGGGACAACAAGGGUCAACAAUGCAGGCUCUGAGUCAGGUGGAAAAAAUGCAAGGUUAUAUAUGGCUUUGUCAUGUGAGAAAGGGUUCUUUCCACCUAGGGGCCCACAUGUAAGAAGCCCUCCACAUAUACCCACUAUUAGAUUGGGCAUAAUGAUGGGGCAGCUUCUAGGAAAUACUAGAAUACCCUGCAAGGAAAGUUUAGCUCAUGUUUCCUUUCCAUCUGGAGGUCCACAGCACCCCAUCGAUAACUGGCUCAGGCCCAUCUGGUUGUCUUCCAGUACCCCAGGUUUACCUUCUUGCUCUGCUGCUCACUGCUUCAUACCUCUUCAACCUCUGAGUUUCAAUCCAUUUCUCUCUAUACCUUGUGCUUUUGCACCUCCCCCAAUAUUUGGUCCUCCACUGCCUUCUUAUUUUGCCUGUUUGCAUUCUUUGGGAAUACUGGCUCCUUCAUCCUCAAACAGAUAGAACAGCUGA